AUGGAGGACGUGAAGUUGGAAUUUCCUUCGCUCCCACAGUGCAAAGAAGACGCCGAGGAGUGGACCUAUCCUAUGAGGCGAGAGAUGCAGGAAAUUUUACCUGGAUUGUUUUUAGGCCCAUAUUCUUCUGCUAUGAAAAGCAAGCUACCUAUACUACAGAAACAUGGAAUAACCCACAUAAUAUGCAUAAGACAAAAUAUUGAAGCAAACUUUAUUAAACCAAACUUUCAACAGUUAUUUAGGUAUUUAGUCUUGGACAUUGCAGAUAAUCCAGUUGAAAAUAUAAUACGUUUUUUCCCAAUGACUAAAGAGUUUAUUGAUGGAAGCUUACAAACUGGAGGAAAAGUUCUCAUCCAUGGAAAUGCAGGGAUCUCCAGGAGUGCUGCCUUUGUUAUUGCAUACAUAAUGGAAACAUUUGGAAUGAAGUACAGAGAUGCAUUUGCUUAUGUUCAAGAAAGAAGAUUUUGUAUUAAUCCUAAUGCUGGAUUUGUUCACCAACUUCAGGAAUAUGAAGCCAUCUACUUAGCAAAAUUAACAAUACAGAUGAUGUCACCAUUGCAGAUUGAAAGAUCAUUGUCUGUUCAUUCUGGUACCACAGGUAGUUUGAAGAGAACACAUGAAGAAGAAGAAGAAUUUGGAAACAUGCAAGUGGCAACUGCACAGAAUGGCUGA